ACAAGAAGGUUGAACUGGGGUUAUGAUGGCCAAAAUCUCUGUCAAUCCCCGCGCUGGAGGCGAGGAUCUAGGGGAGAGCGAAGGAGCUUCUCGGCUAAACUGUAGGUGCUGGAGGCGUAAUAUGAUGGGUGGGCAUUGUUUACUAUCCGCUUCACGAAACAUUCAUCAACCAUAACAACCAUGCAAGGACUAGAGCGAGAUUUUUCCGCUACUCAAUCAUUCUCACUUGGUAGUGAGCCACCAGAAGCGCCCAAAUUGAGAUCAAGGCAUAGUAAGGAUGAUCAAGGUAAGGAUGAUGCACUCAACCUUCAAUGCAAUAUCUGCGCAGGAACCCAUCACUUCAACCUUCAGCAAGGAGGUAAAGGGGAGAAAACGGUAGUUCGGCCGGGACCGCAUGAACAUCAUCGGGUGAUUAUUUAACGACUUAUGAUCUGGCUGCAGUUUGACGUUUGCUGAGUAUCAGAUAGAGUCCAUCUUCAUCUUGCAUAUCGAGAGUCCACGGCUGAGCCUCGUGUGGCUUUAGCAUGGGUAAUUUGUGUGUCGGCUCUUUGCUCUUUCCAGACGAACCCGAAAUUAUCAAUCGCCCUGUUAAUGCUCUGAAAAGAGGCCUAGGAGUAUAAAUACGGCGGCAAUUCUGAAUUUUAUCCUGGGAUAAUCCGGGAAUCAGCAUGGCGUAGGAGUAGUCGCCUAGUGUUUAUUAUGGAAUGCCUCGAUGGAUGUUAAUCCAGCUCAGGUAAAUUUGAAAAGGUUCAAAAUUUUAGGAAUAUUGUUUGGGGAAUAUUGGACAGACUAGCCAAUGGAUACACAUCAGCUAGCGUAAGCAAACCUGAAAGCUGUGACGGAAGGCUGCUGGUUAGAUGACGAUUCCAGGGACGGGUGUUGCUGAAGUGCAUAGAUAAAUGAAGUCUGUGCUGCCGUCCAUCUGGCUAAAGCAUAUUCGCAUAUUAUUCGAUAUACUCUAGCAGUAAGGGAGGGGAAGUCGGAAAAGAGUGAUGAUGCGUGGCUGAUCUAUCUCAAAAUUCUGUAGCUUAGGUAUCAAUAGUCGCCCUCGUCAGACCACACGAAGAUCGAGGGCUUGCAUAGUUCCUACGAGAAUCGUACCGUGUUCGUCUGAUCUGCCCUAACUUCCAAAGCACUUGACCUGAUCUCCAUGUGUUUGUCACAAGCAUUCGUGUUGUCAAACCUGUUUUCAGGCACAGAGUGGUCUUUGAGAUCGUCAUAAGAAUAGCACGGUACCCUUCCGAGAUCACUGUGACCAUGUCAGCUAGAGACCUGAGCUCCCUAAAUGUUGGGAUUUGCAGAGUUGGUCACACCGACAGCCGUGCCAUUUACCACCAGCAAGCUGUCAGGCACGGAGUAUUUUGUUCAAUAUAUGAAACUCGUUUUGAUACAGAGUUAUGUAAUGCAAUGCAUAUGCUGCACGCUGAAUCAUAUCCUUGCUCACAGACGUUGGAUGUGUAGACAUUGCUUAUUGGAUGGAGCUCUCUCUUAGCCAGAAUGAUGGGGGAUGUAAAGCCAAUCAUAUCAUAUGUUGUGGCCAAUGCGUGGCUUCACCAGAUGACUCUAGCCGUUUCAUCGUGGUGAUGACCAAAAAGGGUCGAGGUUAAAAUGGUAUCCGCUACGCACGGUUUCAGAUGCAACCUCUCAUCAUUCCCGGGAGAAAACGGCAGCUAGGUGCAAAAGGUAUCAGGAAGUCUCUGGGCAUAGUUGUAGAGACGGACUUCCUUGAAUGUGCCGCUUGGCACCGCUUCUGGGCCUUUAUGAGAGGUCUUGGGGCCAAACUACACAGCGAUCCUUACAGGUUGACUCAGAUUCCUGCAUUUCACAGUAGAACAUCGUAGGAUAAUCAGUUUAUCUAGCCAUCCAAGGAGAUGCCUGGAGUACAGUUCAUCUUACAAAUGGUAGGGUAGUCUAGGGAUUAUCGCGAUGUGGUUUGCAGUGUUUUUUUGUCGGUCCAUUAGAGAUAAGGGAGGAACCAGCCUACAAGCACUAUCCCCAUACCUAUGGGUAGGACCUUCAGGAUCGUUGAUAUAGAUUAUUAAUGGGUAUUUGAUCAAUAAAUUUCAUAAACUCCUAUGUCCCCAGGAUAAAGAAAUUCCGUGUAGGGGUAGAUAAGGGUUUGGACUGCUGUUCAAGUGGGUAGUAGGCAAACUUUCGAGGAGCCGGUCAAUUAGACACUGGGCUGCUUAUUCAUAUAAAAAUUCGUACAGCUUCUCUUUUUUCCCGUGAUUAAAACACUUGAAUCACGGGGAACAUGUAAUGCAAUGAUCCUUCCAUUUAGGGACGCAGUUUAUCAGUUAGGGGGCGCAUCCGGCCACCUUGACAGAGCUUAUCGCAGUAUUAUCUUCAAAUCCUAGAUCUUCAGUCGUCCAUUUCCUUUAUUAAUAUUUUUUUUUUCAGCCUAGCGGGGGUUGUUGGAAGGGUAGAGAGGAGCUGGCAAUACUGAGUAUACCCCUCCGGAGUACAAGUUGAAUAUGCCGACUUAAGGCUGCUAGCCUUCAAAUUGGCCCCAUUUCCCACAUAGCCCUGCAUAUUUAAGCGCUGAGGGCGGGAAUAGGACAGGGAGCUAGUUGGGUAUCUUGAGGAAAUGACUCUGUAAGCUCUUCAGACCGAAACCGCGUAAACGAGGCAUCGCCUUAGCGUAGACCAAGCGACCUCCUCAUAUGCAGGUCUAGGGUGUUAUCCACAAAUAGAACUGGCAAAAAAGAUAGGGCAAAAGGAAAAGAUUGUAAUGACACAUAAUCAAGGAGGACCUCAGGUAUCAGAACUCGAUUGCAGGUCGAUGCAGGCCAGGCUCAGAAUGCAGCAAGGUUGGCGCAGGUUCCAGGUAGGGUCACACUGGAGACGGGUGCCUCUGUCUCCCUGCGAUGCAGAAUCACUUCCGGAGAGUAUUUUUGGGGUGUCGGCAACAUAGCUGUGUGGUUAUCUUGUCGUCUAAAGUACAUAAAUAGUAGUCAAGAUGGCAGUGCUCGAUCGAUCUGUCGUUGUUGUUGCUGGUGGACAGGGAUGCCGAACUUUUUUAGGGUUAACUAGCGACAAGGAUGACAAAGCACAGCCUCCAGAAUUCUAAAUAUAGUUCAUCCUCUUUUUCAACGUCAAUUCUUCCUGCAGGGACCAAACUGGCGCAACCCCGUCACGGCGCAUUGGUCACGGUGGACUAGUCGAGAGUUCUACGGAGUACUCUGUGCAGGCUGCGCUAUGCCUGUGUUCCUCUGCUCAGUUAUUUUGAGAAAUGCCGAAAAAACAGGUGGGAGGAGGAAUCCCUGCGGCGUAUAUUGUUAUGCCCAAGCCUGUUUACCAGGCCCCCUUGAGUCCUCUCCGGGUCACUGAUCCGGCUAAAUGUUGAUAAUGCAUCUUCAGAUAUACAGAAACUAACGUUUAUAUCCUUGGGAUAAUACCAGCCGACUGGUUGGCCGCCAAAUCUGCAAGGAAUAUGAUUACCAAUGAUGAAAACCGAGCUGCUUCGUUGAUAAUCUUCCCCACUAUCCAGCUGUUCGUCAACUCCGGUCAAGGUUAUUACCUUACUCUCGGCCAAUAAUACGGGGCCUCAGUGCUCAGUGUACAUACGAUAAAUUUUAAUAGCCGCUUGUUUCAUGCACUACACCUGGGGCAGCUCCCGUUCCAGGUUCAUCGUGUUCCCCCAAUAACUAAAAAGCGAUUGUCUUUGCAGAUUGACGAACCGGCCAGCCUUGAGGUGGUAAACUGCUAUCGCGGCAGAUAAUUUAAAAAUCUUUCAUCAUGGGAUGAGUACGGUACCCUGAUCCGACACUCCCUGUCUAGUACCUAUCCUACAGGCAGAUUCUGCGUUUUAUCGUCAAUAUCAAGUGCCUUAAGGAGAAGCAGACAGUCAAGUCUUUUGAAGCGACUUCUUGGCUUUUGGUCUACCGAUAUUUUUCAACGGUCUAUUGACAGGGAUAGCCUUAAGACCUCCAAGCCCAAGCAAAUAACUGCGCCUUCAGUUCCAUUAACAAGCUGGUGUGAUUUUCCAUUAAUAUGUUAAUACUGUGAAUGUGCAUGUAUUCCGGGUUGACCCUAGGCCAGACCAAGGGUUUCUCUAGUGGACUAAGAGGAACCCUCAACCCCCAUUUUCCUCUUUCUUUUUUUCUCUCUUUUACUCUGUCACGCCCCCCGGCUGCGGUGGCUAGAAACCCUGUUCCGAAUUGAAGCCCGCGGUACGUGUAGAAUUUCACUACCGCUGAAAGCCCAUUGGACGAUGACUCGAGUCUGCUGCUCCGGCCUGUGGGAGAUCUCUUAGUGGUUGACAAAGCUUCCAGGAUUGCACAGAUGCAGAUAAGUAUCGAAUGGACAUGGGUUAUAUCGCUCGAAGGAUGCAACCCUGUCUUGAUCUGAAGGCUCCUCUAGAUUUAAGAUGGACUUGCUCUCCCAAGAAUUCAAGAAUCAUCAUCGUAUUCCAUCUCUGGCUCUUAGCACUCUGUUCGUCCUUCACCCUAAGGUCAAGACAGUUGAUCAAUCCGGAUUGAACAAUAUUAUUUAAUUCCUACCCUUUCUUACCGCCUGCCUUCAUCUAUCAACAGGCCACCACUGUGACCAUGGCAUUCUAUGAAGCGUUGCCAUCACUACCUAACAUCAACACCUAUGCCUACCCUAUCGCCCCGCAGCCAUAUGAAAGCCAGUCCGAGUCAUACUCCGAAUCCUCUAGCCCGGAUACAUAUGUAAGUAAGCUCGAUUUCUCAUAUUGGCGGCAUAUAACAUGUUUAACUGCGUUGUAGCAUAUGAGACAAAGCGUCAGCCCUUCUGAACCCUCUCCCUACGUGAUUUCGUACGGGAGCCCUCAAAUUCCAUUCUACCCAGCACAGGAGAAGAUUCCGCUGGAAUACAUCGACUCCACUUCACUAGACAAUGGAGAUCAAAGGGAGCGAAGGUCAACUCAAAAGGGCCCUGUCACUUCCAUGCACUUAGUUAGUCGAAACAUAUACACUUGCUACAUAUAUACCCAUUUUCCUAACAUGCUAUACAGAGACGUCGAGCACAAAACCGUGCUUCUCAACGGGCAUUUAGAGAACGCAAGGAGAAACACGUCAAGGGCCUUGAAAGCCAGCUACAUGCCCUCCAUGAGCAGCACCAGAGUCUUCUUCAGUCGUACAAUUCCCAGGCCAACGAAGUCGAAAGCCUAAGAAAGAAAGUCCAGGAGUUGAUGAAAUUACCAAAUAAUGUGCAUAAUGUGCAAUUUACCGAUCCUUCCACGUCCCCCGUUUGCACAAGCAGCGCCAGUGCCAGCCAGGUUUUCACCACACCAAACAAGUACGAAAUAGCUACCUUCCCAGCGAGUUCAUACCCAACUCCUACUCCUGAGCCGUACUACGACAAAUCAAUCCAUACCACCGUUGCGUGAGGGCAUCGGUUCCUGGAAAUAAUUUCACUAAUUGGCCACCAUUGAUGCAAAUACAGUACCACUCCCCCGCUUACUUAAUUUCUACAUUCCUUUUUCCUUUCAUGGGGCCGGCAAAA